AUGUACGUGAGCUACCUCCUGGAGAAGGACGGGCCCAUGUACCCCGGCCCGGUGCGGCACUCGGGGGGGCUUAACCUGGCGGCGCAGAACUUCGUGGGUGCCCCGCAGUACGCGGACUACGGCGGGUACCAUGUGAACCUCGACGGCGCCCAGUCCCCCGGGCCGGCCUGGCCCGCGCCCUACGCCGCCCCGCUCCGCGACGACUGGGGCACCUAUGGCCAAGGGGCGCCGCCGGCCGCCGGCGCCGUCCACGGCCUCAACGGGGGCUCCCCCGCCGCCUCAAUGGCCUACAGCCCCGCCGACUACCACCACCACCACCACCCGCACGCCCACCACCACGCCGGCCCCGCGCCCCACUGCUCCGCCGCCGGGGUCAUGCAGCCCCUCAACGCCGCCGGCGCCGCCGCCAGCGCCGCCCCCGAGCCGCUCUCCCCCGGUGGGCAGCGCCGAGGCCUCUGCGAAUGGAUGAGGAAGCCGGCGCAGCCCCCGCUCAGCAGCCAGGUUAAAACCAGAACGAAAGACAAGUACCGCGUGGUGUACACCGACCACCAGCGGCUGGAGCUGGAGAAGGAGUUUCACUACAGCCGCUACAUCACCAUCAGGAGAAAAGCGGAGCUGGCCUCCAACCUGGGGCUGUCGGAGAGGCAGGUGAAAAUCUGGUUCCAGAACAGGCGGGCGAAGGAGAGGAAGAUCAACAAGAAGAAGCUGCAGCAGGCGCAGCCCGGCGGCGCGGAGCCCCUCAGCCCCAGCGCCUCCUUGCAGGGUCCCGCGGCGGGCGCGGCCGGAGCCGGGCUGGGCCCCGCCGCCCCGCAGUGA